AUGGCGACCACCUCUUGCUCCUCGCCGCUCACCUCCACCGCGGCCCUCUCCGCCUCCCAGCCGGCUCCCCCCUCCUCUAAGCGCUUCCUCCCCUUCCCGUCCCGCCCGCCGCGCCCCGGGACCCGCCUCCGCGCGGGCUCCCUCAGGGAGUGGAGCGAGUUCGAGGACGCCGUCGAGAGCAAGGACCUCUCCCGCGCGCUCCGCUUCCUGCAGUCCGUGGAGCCCGCGUCUUAUCCGGAAGCGGCCACGAAUGCGGCUACGCAGGUGGCUCUCCCCCUGUCGCCGGGGCGGGACUGGGAGGUGCUGGACACCUGCAUCGACGCAGAUGACAUGCGGCUCGUCGGCCGGGCGUACCAGUUCCUCUCCGACCGCGGGGUCCUCGCCAACUUCGGCAAGUGCAAGAACAUAGUUCUGGAGGGACCGAGAGAAGUUACGCCGACAAUUUUAAAGGAGAUGACAGGCCUGGAAGCUGCAAAGCUUGCACCAAAGAAGUGGGGUCUCUCAGGAAAUUCUCGUUAUGUUCUGGCUACUUUUUUUGGCGGUGCAUCUUUUCUACUAACCCAAGGAGUGGAUGUACGGCCUAACUUGGCUGCGAUAUUGGCGUUAGCAACCGGAGAUGCACUUUUUCUUGGUGGUACUUGUGCUGCACAAAUCUCAUGUUUCUGGCCUCCAUACAAGCGCAGAGUCCUUGUACAUGAAGCCGGACAUCUUCUUACUGCUUAUCUAAUGGGCUGCCCCAUACGAGGAGUCAUCCUGGAUCCUUUUGUGGCACUGCGGAUGGGCAUUCAAGGCCAGGCAGGAACACAGUUCUGGGACGCAAAAAUGGAGAAAGAACUUGGUGAGGGCCAUCUGUCUAGUACAGCAUUUGACAGAUACUGCAUGAUUCUGUUUGCUGGCAUCGCCGCAGAAGCACUUGUAUACGGGGAGGCAGAAGGAGGAGAAAAUGACGAGAAUUUAUUCAGGAGUUUGUGUGUUCUGCUCGAUCCUCCGCUUUCUGUCGCACAGAUGGCAAAUAGAGCUCGCUGGUCAGUGAUGCAGUCUUACAACCUCCUGAAGUGGCACAAGAAAGCACAUAGAGCUGCCGUCAAAGCACUUGAAAGCGGACAUGGUCUCAGCAUCGUCAUUAGGAGGAUCGAAGAAGCCAUCGCCUCCGACAGAUAG